GUCGCGGGCGGGCGGGAGCAGCAGUGACUCAUGGUGGGGCUCGCCGAGCUGCCCCGGGCUCUUUAUAACGGCUCGGCUCGGGAGGAUGCUCCGGGGAGCCGCCCAGGCAGCUGGGCUCUCCUCCUCUCAGCCUCUCGCCUUCACCGCCGGCGCUUCUAGGUGCCUCCUCUCCCAGCCCCUCCUUCCCCCGGGCUCUCGUCUCCCUCGCGCUCCAGACUCGCCCCAACGGUCCCGACGGUCCAGGGGCUCCCGUCUGUGCGCCCCUUCCCUGCCCGUCUGGGCGCACGUCCCGUCAGCUCCCCAGCGAUCCAGGAUUCCCCUGCCUCCUAGUGCUCCCGAAGUCCCCUUGCCUGGCCCCCUCCAGCGCUCGGUGGCAGCCUGCCCGCCAGCCCGCACGACCUCCGCUUUCUCCGUCCGCUGCACCUCUGCUCGGCUCUCUGCCCGCUCCCCAGAGGGCGCCAUGAGGUCCCCGCGCCGCGCCCAGUCCUCUCCGCUGAUGCUGCUCCUGCUGCUCGGACUCCUUAUUCUCCUGCCCUCCUCGGGCGACACCGCCGUCAUCACUGGGGCUUGUGACAAGGACUCCCAAUGUGGAGGUGGCAUGUGCUGUGCUGUUAGUAUUUGGAUCAGAAGCCUCCGAAUGUGUACACCGAUGGGCAACGUGGGAGACAGCUGCCAUCCAUUGACUCGCAAAGUUCCAUUUUUUGGGAAGAGAAUGCAUCACACCUGUCCUUGCCUGUCUGGGUUGGCUUGUGUACGGACUACAUUUAACCGAUUUAGAUGUUUACCUAGGAAAUAAUGAUCACUUUUGAAAUGGAAUCAGUUAAAUGUGAACAGCAACUUAAUGUAUUUAAAGUUUUCCUUGUGAUUGUAAUGAACAAGUUAUAUGCCAGGAAAAAAUCCUAUUACUUUCUCCCUUCACAAGCAUCAAAAAUGACUAUAUCUAGGUCUAAGUAAUAUUCUUAGACUUGAUUUGAAAAUGAUGGGCUUUAUAGAGAUAUCACUUUGAAUAGAAAUGUUGAAAGUUAAGUAUUAUGGCUAGAUUUUCUUCUCCACAUUCAUUUCAUUUUAUAAAACUAAAGUCAGAGUCUCUACCACAAAGAAGAUAGGGAAAAAGGUAAUCUAGUGUAACCCAGUAGGGUGCCUGGUGGUUGGGAAGCAGCUAUAGUAAAGCUGCAUCAGCUUCUGGAAAUCAUAGGCUAGGUAGAGAAGUUGUACGCUCUCUCAUGGACUGUGAUUCCCAGAAGUCUAUGCAGGUAUCCCAGAACUUCUCCAGACCUACUGGCAAGCUGACUCCAAUUCAGAGCUCCACUCAUAUUUGAUUCUAUUAAACUGUCAGGCUGAGACUUCUUUUUAGGUUUUCCCAUUUCCCUUUUUACAUUUCUCCUGAUAGAUACACAUUUUUGUUUCCAUAUCUUUCUAUCCCCAAGGCACAUUAAAUCUCAAUUUAACUAUGACUGGUCUCACAAUUCAUUCUCCUCCUUGAUGCCUCACCACCCUACUCAGAUUCUAAAUUGACAUUUACCAAAUGUCCUGCUGAGAUGUCCACCUUUGGUGGAAAGUUCAUCAAUGCUGGCCUUUUGGGUACUCAGUGAAACUACUGGCAAAAGUUAGCAACUGAUUGUUCUAACUCCACAGCUUUUCCUAAGGCAGCAACGGUCUCAAAGCCACAGCAUAAAAAAGUGGUAUUACCUUCACUUGAGCUAACCAUAAGUAAUGAAGAUGUAUUGCCACUUAUCUGUCUGAACCAGGAGUGGCAAAUUCUGAUGUUAAAGAGAUGUAAGAGCAGACAGAAUAGUGAAUCAAAUUAAUUUUUAUUACUUUUUUGAGUUGUCCUUUAAAGUCUUUUUUCUUUCUCAUAAUUGAAUUUCAUUUUAGGAAUGAGACAGUUAGAUAUACUAUAGAACAUGCCAUCCAAGAGGAAGAAUUUAUUUUAAUCUGGCAUAAAACUAGUUAAACUUUUGAAAUAAUAUGUAUUAAAAUGUCAGUUGCAUUUUAUUUCAAACUUAAAGGUUUGUUUUAAUGGGUUGUUUAAUAUCUUGUCAUUUGUACCUGUAUCAAUAUUGCUGUGUAAAAAUUCUGUAUCAGAAUAAUGACAGUACUGUAUAUCAUUUGAUUUUAAUAUUAUAUCCUUAUUUUUGUCAC